AUGAAAAGUAGUAGUAGUAGUAGUAAAAAGAAUCAUGGGUCUUCUACUUUCUCUUCAUUGCUAGCUGUAUAUAUAGUCUUUGUAUUAUUACUAUCAUCUUCAUUUACAACAAUAGUAGUUGAUGCUUUGGAGGAUAUGAGAAAUGUUCAAGCAUCAACGAAUUCGGCAGAAUAUAGUUUGAGUUCGGUGUCUUUAACAUCGUCUGGAAGUUUAGGUGAGAAUUCCGAUUCAAAUUCACAUUCCAAAGUAAAGACAAUCGAUUAUCCGAGAAAUAUCACAAUGGUUUACAAGGGCGAAUGGAACAGUACAUCGGUGUCACACAUACACUUUAGCAAACAGACAGGUCAUACUUUGUUCUCAUUGUUGAAUCACGACAUCUCUUCUAUACCCAACUUGAAAUUCGAUACUGUCGAAGGUGAGAUGGUAUUGCGUGACGGUGAAUACUCAUCGGAUCUCAGUAAGAAAUAUCUCCUACUUGGAAUCUACGAGUUUGAAUAUGGUUUAUUGACAUUGAUUGCAUUUCCACCUAGUCAAAGUCAAGCGAUAUCAUUUAAUGUAGUGAAUACAACAACUCCACAAGAUGUAAAGAAUGAAAUGACAAAGAUAAUGGAGAAUAGUACACUCACUCAAGAUUGUCUAUUCAGGAUUGGUUUACAAUUUGAAACUGUUGCAAAGAAUGAAAACAGUGAAGAGAUACAUGAUACAGAAUUACAAUAUAAAUUAAGUGGACACUAUUCAAGUCCUUUCUGUAGGGUAGAGAUGGAUGUAUCGGCAUCGUCAAUACUGAUGAGUAUCUAUCGUUCGAAAUGGAUCAACUAUAUGGACUUUACUGGCACCCAAUCCGGUGCUGCCAAAGUAUCGUUGUAUACGGUUGGUAUGCAAACGAUUAUCGAUGCCUAUCUCUGUCUGAUUCACUUGACAGCCGGUGUUUUCUUUGAGUCGAUGUUCAAGGCAUUCGCCACCGCUGCCUUUUUCCAAUUUAUCACAUUCUCAUUAUUUGAAAUGAGAUACCUCCUCAUUAUUCUCAAGGCUAGAAGACCUCAAGCUUUUGCACAGGGUUGGCAUACAUUUUUAAUUGGUGGAUUUAUAUUAGUUUAUUAUAUGAGCCAUCUUUUCCAUAUAUUUUUGUUUAUUAUGUAUUCGUUCUGGGUACCUCAGAUCGUCAGCAAUGUAAAGCGAUCAUCGAGAAGACCAUUCCUUUGGAGUUAUGUUCUGGGAAUGUCAUUCACAAGAUUGACAAUACCAUUAUAUUUCUAUGGUUGUCCGAUUAAUUUCAUUCUUUUGGAACCAAACUAUUUCUUUAGUUGUGCAUUGUUCCUGUGGAUGUGUACACAAAUAUUUGCACUCUAUCUCCAAGAUAGAUAUGGUCCAACAUUCUUUAUACCAAAGAGAUUUUUACCACCCAAAUACCAAUAUACAAGACCAAUAAGUAUGAGUAUUAGAAACAGAGAAGAAGGACAAGGAUGUGUUAUUUGUAUGAAUGAUGUCGAAGCAAACGAUAGCGACUAUAUGAUAACACCUUGUGAACAUCUUUUCCACUCAAGGUGUCUCUUACGAUGGAUGGAUUAUAAAAUGGAAUGUCCGACCUGUAGACGUACAAUUCCACCUGCAUAG